CUGGCAACCGUGGCAAGCUAGUUGCUGUGCAGUUUCCGUUGCUAGCGAGAACGUAUUGCUUAGGGUAAGGCUACCAUUGCAUUGUCUUGUUAGUAGCCUUGGGCCUUUCAAAACCGAGAUGGGGUGUUUCAAUAUGUAUAUCUUCAACCGACAAGGCACUUGCAUCUACUAUCAUGAAUGGUUUAGGCCCAAGUCUGUGAAGCAAGGAGCUGGAACGCUUCAGGAUGACCAAAAGCAGAUGUUUGGCCUGUUCUGGACGCUCAGUAACUUCUGCGCUACGAUGGACCCCAGAGAUCAGAACAAGCCACAGCUUGGCGCGCCUCGCAAGAUUGGGCAGGGCUGUAAAUUCAGGAGCUUUACGACAAGCAACUACAAGUGCAAUUUCUUAGAAGUACCUUCCGGCAUCAAGCUUGUACUUAAUACGCAUCGGGAGGCGCCGGACCUCACCGAUGUGCUGCAGGCGCUGUAUGACGACAUAUUCGUGGAGUAUGUUGUCAAGAACCCGCUGUACGUCCCGGGCCAGCCAUUCCAGUCGGACCAGUUCGUGAACGCCCUGAACGCCUUCCUCCGCCAAAACGGCCUCUUGCAGCAGCAGCAGAUCAUGCAGGCCGCCGCAUGAAGCGUUGACCCACGCACGAAUCUGAACAGGUGCUGCUUGCGCUUUGCAGCAGGUCGGAUUGUCGGAAACGGCUCACGGCCACAGCCAUGACAUGGCGUUAUGUUCCAGCGGCUGGCACCUGAAGCCACCUGUUACACCGUUCGUGCCGCAGCACGUGCGUUGCGGCACGUGCACACUAGCCAAACACUACCAGCGUUGGGGGGCCCUGGUAGAGGAGGACAGUGGCGCGCAGCCUUCGCGGGUCCCCCUGCUCUGCAUUUGGGCAGCAGCGCCGUACUGCUUUGUGGCAGCCGUGCUUGCUCGGGCAUAAGAGGUUCAUCCAGCGCUGUGCCGCCGGCAUCCCUGCUGUUGCUGCAAGCCUACACGGGCCAGCGCGCCCCGUCCGGGCACAUGUUACUACUGAAACGUCCGCCUGCGCUCUUGCAAGCUUGGGUGCAUGGUGGCAUCGCUGUGAGACGUAUGUGGCUCUGAAGCCUAAGCGGCUGUGAUCAAGGGCCCACGGGGACGCGCGCCGGCCGUGUGUGCGCUGCUUCUGCUUUCAGGGCGCUCCAUGCGAGACUGCAUUGAAGUAGGUUGCGGACACAGGGGAUUCCUGAUUGGCUUGCCCAGCGCCUUGCUCCCCAGCCAGCAUGAGCGACUGUGGCUUGCUGGCUCGGUCUGGUUGGAUUCUUUGUUUGUUUGUUGUGGUGGUGCGGCUGUGUGGCCGUUCCUGUGUCGCCGCCACUACCGGGCCUGUACGACAAUUGCCCCUGACAUGCUGUGGUGUCAUCACGAGGCCUCCACUUGACGCAGGCGUUCGCUGUUCCUGGAUUCCCCGGACGGCUGAGAUGGGGGCUUAUUGUGCAUUGUGCACGGUGUGCUGGGUUGCGCAUUCACUUUGAGCGCUGGACCACAUUAGCGGUAGUGGAGUGCGUGUCUUACAAUGACAGCACCUACACAUGAAGCUGUAGGUGGCUUGGCUUUAGGCAGCAUAUCGGUAGUAUAGGGCAGCAGGUAGACACAGCAUUUGCCACAGACAUGGGUCCGGUGACCGUUUGGUGAGGGGGCUUGUUGUUUGUUGUAUUUCUGUCUGUACAUGACCACUUCUGAGAUCUGACCACACCUCUGACUGUAUAAUUGACAAUACGCGUGCAGUAGGAUACCGGAACUACCGUACAGGCAUACCGUCGAGAAGAAGACGACAAGUGGGCGGCUGCGGUGGUGGCAGUACAGGACGUUGCAUUUGUUGGGAUGAUGGAGAGCAGAGCGUUUUACGAGUGGUCGACGGUAUGGGACUGCUUUACGUGGAGUUCACUUUCUACAGUCAUUGGACGAGACUGCUAUGGGGUAGGAGGAAGGACGGGGGCCGGGUGCGGAAGGAGGCGCUGAGUUGUUGGGUGUGAACGGGCGUGUGCAUAGGGUGCAAGGGGUGGGUGUGGAGUCCGCUCCGUGCACUUUCUUAUCCUUUAGAAACAGGCCAGACGAAGGGCCCGCAACGACAAGCAAAGCGGCCCACCGCUGUGUUGUACCGUACUAGGAGG